AUGAGGACCCAACUGCCUUCCAUUCUUCUUCUUCUCGCCGUUCUUUCGGCCGUUGCUUUUCAGUCCCACGCCACCAAGGGAUACCCAACCCCGGGGUGGAAUCGGAUAAAGAAGGUGGAAGAUUACCACGUCCAGAGCAUCGCGCGAUUCGCGGUCGCAGAGCACAACAGGCAGACGGGAGACAAGCUCGAGUACGUCCGGAUUUACAGGGGCUACGUCGAUGGCCAGUACUACCGGCUCUUCAUCCAGGCCACGGACCACGUCAAGGCCCGCAAGUACGAGGCCGUCGUCUUCGAGAAGCUCUGGGACAAGGUCAGGGAGCUCGUCUACUUCAGGAGCUCAUCUUGA